CGCAGGUCCUCGCUGCCUUGUCAACAUCUUUGGGCAUCGGCAGCUCCGGAGGCCGGAGUAACUGGCGGUAGGUAGGAAACUAUGUGAAAGAAUCUUCUGAUGUCAUAAUUUCUGGGUGUCACUGGGACGUUUGGUGAUCAUUCCUUUGGCAGUUCCAGUCUUCUAUGGAAGGUUAGUAGAAGCAAUUGAUUUAUUCGCCUCUACAGGAAUCAGACUUGGCCUAUUUUGGUUUUCAGUGAAUUAUGCCUUUUCGGUUUGGGACUCAGCCAAGGUUUCCAGUGGAAGGAGGAGAUUCUUCAACUGGGCUGGAGCCUGGGCUGAGCUCCAGUGCUGCCUGUAACGGGAAAGAGAUGUCACCAACCAGGCAACUCCGCAGAUGCCCUGGAAGUCAUUGCCUGACAAUAACUGAUGUUCCCAUCACUGUCUAUGCAACAAUGAGAAAGCCACCUGCACAAAGCAGCAAGGAAAUGCAUCCUAAAUAGUAUAAUUAAGUCUUUUGUAGAGGUUUGACUAGUCAAGGGUAAUGGGCCAGUAUCAUCUUAUGAUCCGGUAAACAAAUAAAAGUGGUGGCACCUUUGGAUGAUGACAACAGUUGAAAUACUUAC